AUGUCCGCCUUUGUGUCGUCUUCCGAAGUCCCCGAACCGUUGACCUUGGUUUACAAACUCGUUCAAGACUGUCCUAUCAAGGUCGAUGUAUACCCUCCGAUUAUCAUCUCAUCUCAGGUCUCUUCCGCGUCAUCGUCCAACUUGCCCGCGGUGGUAUACUUCCAUGGAGGAGCACUAACCGUCGGAAAUAGGACUAGCUGGUUCCCCAGUUGGCUGCACCGCCGAGUAGUCUCCUCCGGUAUCGUCUUCAUCUCAGCAGACUACCGGCUCAUACCCCCCGCUACUGGUCAUGAUAUUCUCGCCGACAUAAAGGGUCUGUUCGCUUUCCUCGAACAUGACGUGAACGGCCAUAUUCGAGAGCAUUGCCCUCGUGAACGCGUCUUCCAGGUUGAUACAAACGCCCUCGCCGUUGCUGGAAGCAGCGCUGGCGCAAUGUGCGCAUAUCUUGCCGCAAUCCACGCGACCCCAAGGCCAAAGGCAGUUCUGUCUCUCUACGGAAUGGGUGGGGAUAUGCUAACAUGGCAAUAUCUCACAGUCAAGACCGAGCCCUUCUUUCGAGGCCGGGAGAUCCUCCAUACUGCUGACUUCUCUGACUUCCUCUAUCCUGCCUACCGAGAUCUCCCUUCCACUUCAGACUCCGCUCUGGCUUAUCACCCGACAACGCAUCGUAUACCUGGUUAUCCUUCCAAUCCUAGACAGCUAUUAGGCCGUCUCUACCUGCAGCUAGGCGUCUUUCUAGACUACUUCACCGGAGCCCACGAGCCUAGCCUAAGCGACGCUCUGCGAAACCUGCUCUCUGCAGAUGGACGCCUCGUCCGAGAUGCUGACCCGAAGGGUGACGAUGCCAAAUAUGCAAACUACAUCCCUGCCGAACAUCGCCACUUGUUCCCCCAGCUCAACAUCAACUCUGACCUUCCGCCUAUGUUUCUGAUCCACGGAUCCGCCGAUACGGCAGUGUUCGUUAGGGAGUCGAAGGCUAUGUACGCGCGGUUGGAGAAUGCCGGCGUGCGCGCGGAGCUCAAGAUUCUGGAGGGGAAGGAGCAUAAUUUCGACUACGAAGCAAGCGCGGAACAGGAGUUCGGUCAACCUGGAGGUUUGUUCGAGCAAGCGAUGGACUUCUUGGUGGGCCGGUUGUGUAGGGACACGGCUAGAAUAGAGAAGUAG